AUGGGGACGGGGCCGAAACGGGGCGAUGAAGACCCUGGUGAUGUGGAGGAGGAGGAUGAUGAUGAGGAGGAUGCGGAGGAAGAGGAGGAUGAAGAGGAUGCGGAGGAGGAUGACGCGGAUGAGGAGGAUGAGGAGGAGGAGGAGGAGGAGGAGGAUGAGGAGGAGGAGGAGGAGGAGGAGGAGGAGGAGGAGGAGGAGGAGGAGGAAAAGGAGGAGGAGGAGGCGGAGGAGGAGGAGGAGGAGGUGGAGGAGGAGGAGGAGGAGGAGGAGGAGGAGGAGGAGGAGGAGGAGGAGGAGGAGGAUGUGGCGGUAGUGAAGGGACGGGGCGGGCGAGGCAAACGGGUGAGUGGUACAGGGAAGGUGGGGGGCCAGAGUCGCCAUUCCCGAAAACGCGGGGCAGUCGACGCCGCGCACGGUGAAGCAUCGGGCAAACCGAAGUCGUGUAAGGUGAAGGUUGCAAGUGAAGGGGUGCCUCUUGCGUUACAGGCAUUGGGCCACCGGUAA